GUAAAGCUGAAGAAAACAGUUUGCAGACAAACAUUGAAGAGAAGUGUAUUAAGAGUUUCUUUGUCUCUUUCUCUGUCGCAUUGAUUUGGAAAAAGGUGUGGCAGAGAGGAAACCAUGGCUAUGGCGGAGAUGGCAAUGAAGUCUUCAGUAUCUGCAAAACUCACUCUUCCUUCUUCUUCUUCUUCUUCGUUUUGUAAGAAGACAGUGAGACAAAUCUCUGUUUCACUUCCAACAUCAACCUCAAUAUCUCUGUUAUCUCUUUUUGCAUCUCCUCCACAUGAAGCCAAAGCUGCUGUUUCCAUUUCCAAGGACCAAAUCGUCUCCUCUCUCACUGAAGUGGAGAAAACAAUCAACCAAGUUCAAGAAACUGGUUCGAGUGUUUUUGAUGCAACGCAGCGUGUGUUCCAAGUAGUAGGAGAUGCUCUUAAACCAGCCUUGGACACUGCUUUGCCCAUUGCAAAGCAAGCUGGUGAAGAGGCUAUAAAGCUUGCUUCUCCUGCUUUCUCAGAAGCUUCAAAGAAAGCUCAAGAAGCAAUGCAGAACUCUGGUUUUGAUUCAGAGCCUGUCUUUAAUGCUGCAAAGACAGUAACAGAUGUAGCACAACAGACAACAAAAGCGAUUGAAGAUGCUAAGCCGAUUGCUUCAUCGACCAUGGACACAAUUUCUUCAGCUGAUCCUAGUGUCAUUGUUGUUGCUGCUGGUGCUGCGUUUAUUGCUUACCUUCUUCUCCCUCCUGUUUGGUCUGCAAUAUCUUUUAACUUCCGUGGAUACAAAGGUGAUCUCACACCGGCUCAAACCCUUGAUCUUCUCUGUUCCAAGAACUACUUAAUGGUGGAUAUAAGAUCAGAGAAAGACAAGGAGAAAGCUGGGAUUCCAAGGCUCCCUUCUAAUGCUAAGAACCGUAUGAUCGCCAUACCAUUAGAAGAACUACCAAACAAAGUAAAAGGAAUUGUGAGGAACUCGAAACGGGUUGAAGCAGAGAUAGCUGCAUUAAAGAUUUCUUACCUCAAGAAAAUCAACAAAGGCUCCAAUAUCAUCAUCUUGGACUCGUACUCGGACUCGGCUAAGAUAGUAGCGAAAACGUUAAAGGUUCUCGGGUUCAAGAAUUGUUAUAUUGUGGCAGAUGGAUUCUCUGGUGGCAGAGGAUGGUUGCAGAGCAGGUUAGGCACUGAUUCAUACAACUUCUCGUUCGCGCAAGUCUUGUCCCCAUCGCGUAUUAUCCCGGCAAACUUCGGCACUAGAUCCGGAACCAAGUUCCUUCCUAGCUCCGACUGAAAAAAAGAACAAGAGGAUACAUAUAUAGUUUUAAAAAGGUCUUGUUUUAAAUUCCUUUAUUUCUCAACUUUGAGAGAUAUAUAUAUCUUUUGAUAAAGAUUUUCGAGUUAUUACUUGUCUUUUACAUU